GCGGUUCAAGCGUCGUUCAGGGGUAGACAUAACCUUAUUAUUUGACAUAUUCCGCUUUUCGUUGUUUUGAUUAUCGUUUUGUUAUUGUUCUUAAGAUUUUUCGUAAUGGAUCCUUUAUUAGGUGAAUUAACUGACGACGAAGACUUUUUAGAAUUAGUGAGACAACAUGAACGGCUAAGGAGACCACAAACAGUACGAUUUCGACCAAACAAUUUCGAAAAAUGGAAUGACGUGGAUUUUAAAAAAAGAUUUCGACUUGCUAAACCUAUUGUGAAUUAUUUAAUAGAGGAAAUUUCCGGUUUAAUUGCAUCUAAAACAAACAAAAAUCAUGCUUUAACACCAGCUGACAUGGUAUUUAUCACAUUACGGUUCUUAGCAACAGGAUGUUUUCUACAAAGUGUUGGUGAUAUCAGUGGUGUAGACAAGUCUACUACGAGCCGCGUGAUUACAAAAGUAACUAGAGCUAUAGCAUCUUUAAGCAAGGACUUUAUUAAAAUGCCAAUGGGAGUGGAAGAUAGAAAUUCAAAGGCACAAGGAUUUUAUAAUAUUUGUCGCUUUCCAAGAUGCAUAGGAGCAGUUGAUUGUACGCAUGUGAAGAUACAAUCUCCUGGAGGGGCAAAUGCAGAGAAUUACCGCAAUAGGAAAGGAUUUUUUUCAUUUAAUGUCCAAGCAAUUUGUGACAGCGAUUUGAAAAUAUCUAACAUUGUGUGUAGAUGGCCUGGUUCUACACAUGAUUCAAUGAUUUUUAGAAAUUCUAGAGUAAAGGCUGAGUUUGAAAAUGGAGUAUAUGGAAAUAAUUUAUUACUAGGGGACAGUGGGUAUGGAGUAAAACCAUACCUAAUAACCCCUUUGGCGAAUCCAACAACGAGGGCUGAAAACUUAUUUAACGAAGCUCAGAUAAGAACAAGAAACCCAAUAGAAAGGUGUUUUGGUGUACUAAAAAGAAGAUUUCCUAAUUAG